CCAGCAGCAGCCGCAGCCGUCCGGAGACCACACGGGACGCCAUGGCAACCACGAGUACCUUGAGAGCGCGGAGUCCCCUGAGACAGACGCAAGUGUUUGCUCUGCUGGCGCUCUUGGCGUCGGCUGCUCUGGCUGCGGAUGUCGAGCGACUCACUGAGGACGUGGCAGGAGGAGACGAGGCAUCGGCCACCGUGGUGGGGGCGGCGGCCCCUGAGGGCAAGGGCAAGCGGCAGGCCGUCUACGGAGGACCCUUCUCCUCUCUGCUGUCGUCAGCCUACCAGCUGCCGGCCGCGACAUCUGGCGGGUCCGGCGCCGUGCUGCUCUCGUCUGGCACACAGCAGGCGCCCGCCUACCAGCCACUGGCGGGCCUCGGGCUGCCCCUGGGCUACGGCAGCGCCUCCUCGGCCUACGCGCCUUCCCUGCUGCGCUCCGGCCUGCUGACCGCCGCCUCCAACCACUCUUACGCCGGCUCGCCGCUGGCGGCGCUGCUGUCGGCCGGCAUCCCCGCGGCUCAGUACUCGGCCCAGCACAACUUCACGCUGCCCGUGGCGGCCAACCUGCUGGCGCAGAGCCCCUCCUACUUCCCCGGCGGCGGCCUCUACGCCUCGGCCGCGCCCGCUGCCGCCGACUACCCGCAGAACUUCACCUUCGGCCAGCCCGCCGCCAGCAGCCUCUUCGCGCAGAACUCUGCCGCCUACCCCAGCUUCUACCCGGCGCCGUCGGGCUUCAGGCAGAAUUUCAAUGCGGGGCUCUUCGGGGCGGCGACGACCUCGACGGCGUUCCCGGGCAGCGUGGUGGCGCAGGGCGGCGCCGCCCCCGGGGCGGCGGGCAGCCCCUUCACGUUCUUCUCGUACCCGGUGGCGGCCAAGUCGGGCCAGCAGUCGGUGGCCACGGUGGGCGUCAGCAACCAGCUGCUGUCCCCGCACCAGCCGCUCAGCCUGGACCAGGCCAGGCGGCGCUUCCCGCAGUACUUCACCGGCGUCGAGGAGCCGUACGCGCGCUUCCAGCAGCAGCUGCAGCAGAUGCAGCAGCUGCAGCAGCAGCCCCAGCAGCCGCAGAGGCAGCCCCAGCAGCUGCAGCCGCAGCUCCGCGGCCCUGCAGAGUCUCCGAAGCCACCGCAGGUGACGGAGUUCCCAGAGGAGCGACCGGCCAGUGGCUUCGCCAGGCCCCAUCCCGCCCCCGCCCCCGCCGCCGGCGACGCUAAUGACGAUGACGAUGACGGCAGCUACGACGAGCGGCCAGCCUACAAGUCCAGCGGAUACCACGGCGCCGCAGGGGUGGACCACCACAAGAUUCGGGCCGAGCAGGAGUCUGAGGACGAGGACAGCUCAGAGAGGCACCCCAACAGCUACCAGAAGAUCAUCUACCACGGCAAGCCCUACCACGGCGAGGAGGAGUCUGGCAAGUCGUCCUACCCCGGGUACUACCCCAAGGCCGCCCACCACAAGAAGCACUACGCAGGCGAAGGCGAGGAUGAAGAUUCCAGGAGGCCGCAGGAGAGCAGCGGCGAAGACGACGACGAGGACGAGGACCGCCGGCCGGCGUACAGCUCGUCCUACCAGAGGUUUUCCUCGCCGGAGCUGGACUCGCACUUCAACAGGGCGGCAGCGGCGUCGCAGAGUUCGAACCCCGGCGGGCCCCGGCCGGCGGCCCAGACGCUGCACACGUACCGCUUCAAGGUUCCGGACUAUGCGACGGAGACCUACUCGCCGGUCACCGGGCGGCCCUCGAGGACGAAGAGCGGCGCCCAGCGGCGACCACACCAGGAUGACGAGGAGAGCGACGGCGGCGACUCGGCGGCCCACUACUCCAGCCCCAGGCUUCGCGUCCACAAGACGGCCUGGUCCUACACCCGCUCCCUCUCCUCCAGGCGGUGAUCCUCCACCGCGCGCUCGCCAUCUCUAGUGCCCCCCUGGCACUGCACUGAACAUAGCCCGAGCUCACCUCUCGACCUCACUCCGUGUCCAUUUGGGAAACUGUCCAAGAACAAAUACUAUUUUAGAUACAUAUUGCUACACAGCCAUCCCCAUCAUCAUUAAUAAUCAGCCAGAGGGUUCCUUGGUAGCAGUUACCGAUCCUCCUGAUUUCUGUUAAUCCAUUCACAGCAUCAUAUCGUGUUUCUCCCAUAAUCUGCUCCGUACACCACAACUCUGACCUUCCAUUCGCUCUGCGCACACUCACACGUCCCCCUGUUAUGGUAAUCAGCAUUCCCCAUAUCUCAGAAUAUGCCUGCAGAACAGUGUUCGUCUAGUCCAGGGGUCUGCAAACUACGGCCCGCGGGCCGAAACCGGCCCGCGUUAGCUGGCCGGACAUCCCUGGUAUCCGGCCCGCCAAAUAUUUGAGGUGAUGCCUACACUCCCAACAAUUGAGUUUCGAGGCCUA